UGCCAUCCAGCCAUCGUGACCCCCCCACCUUCCAUGAUCUGGGGGGCUGGGUCCUACCUGAUCACAUCCCCUCCUUUAGGCCACAGAGAAAGUCACAAUCAACAUUCAUUGUUGUCGGUGGGUUGUGAGGAGGAGGCCAGACCCACCGAGGGAUGAAUGUCACUGUGGCUGGGCCACACACAGCCUGAGGGGAGUGGGCUGGGGGACAAGACCCACCAUGGGUUCCCCCCAAAUUGCUCAGCCUGUACCUUGCCCUGACCCCAGCCUCUCACCACUUGGGAGGGCUGGGGUCUGGGGUCCUAAUGGACACGAGCUGGAUUUGGGGAGGAAAUCCUGGAGGGUUGGAGGGGCUGGACAGCUAAAAACCCUUCUGGAAGCGGUGAUGAGCUCUGCUCCCUGAGGCUCUUGAAAGAAUAAGUGAAGGGUCCUCUUCUCUGUGUCCAAAUCCUGGGCUCAGCUUUCUCACCCUCCUUGCCCACACCCUCCAUUGCCCACCUAGCACCUUGGUGCUGCUGAUCACUCCCCCUGCAUGUCUGUGCCCCACUCCUGGGCACACUCCAUCCUCCUGAGGCUGACUGAGCUCUCACUUGAGGGAGGGAAGAUCAAGACUGGCGAGUGCUGGGGGUCCUCCCAUUAGCCCAGCCUGGCCUCUGCUCUCCCCAGCCUCCCCAUUUCACCCCCUCACCACCCCAGGGACAGAACAGGCUGCCUGGCCAGCACCUAGCCUUGGGGGCUCCAGUAAGGAGAUGGGGGAAGGCAGACUUUUGUGUUAGUCUUUGUGAACAGCCUUAGGGGCAGGUGGCUUCAUACCUCAGUUUGUUCAUCCAUUAAGUGGGGGACAAUAGGUGUGAAAACACCCCAAGGCAGACCAGAGCUGGGGGCUGAGGGCCAGAUACCAUCCUCCUUCCAGGGACAUCUGGAGAAUCUGCAGGUGUCCCCCAUCCAGUCCCCCCCCCCUCCCAUUCCCCAAAGGCCCAGGGGCACCUGACCCUACCCCCAGCCCAGGGAAGGAAGAAAGCAAUUACUAAGUUACAGGUUAAGUCAAUGCUUGCCUUGAGGGCGGGGCUUCCAACACUAUCCACCCACCCACCCCAAACCCUGUGGGGCAGGGUGGCAGGCCUCCUCAAAGGAGGGCUUGGGGGUAGCCCUCCAAACACCCUCUGGGUGGGGUAUGUGGCUCUAAAUUGCAGGUGCCCCCUGCAGACUGUGUCCUGUAUCCCCCUUGCCCCACUCAGAGACCAAACAUCUCCUUGGCAGGUGCAUUUACAGGGAGCAGCAGCUAGCCCCCCUGUGACAAUAAGAAGUCUCCCACAGGCUAUUCCUCCCCCUUCACAAUCCCUUGGAGGUAUAAGGAGGGACUGACAGCCCAGACUCCUAGGCUCCAGAGAGGGGAAGGGAGGGGCAGGGAGGAAGUGGAGAAGGACGAGCUUGGGGCAGGCAGGGUUUCUCCUCUCUCUGCCCCAACGCCUGGCACAUAUUGCCCAGCCAUGGGGACCUUCGACCUGUGGACAGAUUACCUGGGUUUGGCACGUCUGGUGGGGGCUCUGCGUGGGGAAGAAGAGCCUGAGACCAGGCUGGACCCCCAGCCAGAACCAGUGCCAGGACCAGGGGAUCCGAGGUCUAGCCCGGAACCCUCACCAGCUCCAGAACGCUUGUGCUCUUUCUGCAAACACAACGGCGAGUCCCGGGCCAUCUACCAGUCCCACAUGCUCAAGGACGAGGCAGGCCGGGUGCUGUGCCCCAUCCUUCGAGACUACGUGUGCCCCCAGUGCGGUGCCACUAGAGAUCGAGCCCACACCCGCCGCUUCUGCCCGCUCACCGGCCAAGGCUACACCUCUGUCUACAGCUACACCACCCGCAACUCUGCAGGCAAGAAGUUGGCUCGGUCUGACAAGGCGAGGACACAGGACUCCAGUCACCGUAGAGGAGGAGGAGGAGCCAGUGCAGGUUCCAAAGGUGCCAGGAAGUCGUCGUCGGGACCUUCGCCUUCUUCCUGCUACCCCUCCAAUUCUGCCUAGAGGGCAGGUGCGGGGAGGACGCCCGGGAUACCGUCUUCCCCAAGCCUGGGGACUCCUUGAAGGCUGGAUUUCAGGGAAGAUGCAUCAGGCAAGGACCCUCCCCUGCACCCCUCCCCCAGCCUGGGCCUUGAAUGAGGGAGCAGCGCCAGGAAACACGACCCAAAGAGCCCUGUGAGGAAGGAGGUGGCCCCGGGAAAACCUGCCCUCCCUCCCCAACCCUGGGGGCCCAGUCAGCUCUCAAUAAAUGCUAUGAAUGGA